AUGUCGACGACUUGCCUUACCAUCCACGAUCUGCUGCGCAUCACAUACACAUACGAAGCGCAAGCUCUACAAGCGCAGGCCCGGAAACGCUCAGAUUCAGCCUGCUUCACGCCAGAAACAUGUUCGCAUCUCUCACCACCGCCCUCUCCAUCCCCCGGCUUCGCCACGCUCGAGACAGACUUCACCCAUCGCUACUCCCGACACACAACGUCAUGAACUAACGUACCCACAUGCGACCCCUCACAGACGGGUGAACGGUGUGCGCGACAUGUACGACUGGCACGCAUUCCCUAGAGCGACACGUUAACACCCCACUUGGAUCGGCGUGGAGGGUGGUGUGAUGUUGUUUGCGCGCAUGUCGCGCGCAGGCUUGUGUGUGGCUGAAUCGGCCCCGAUCCAGAGGUUUAUUUGAGAUCAUUGGUUGGCGCGAGUGAAACGAGGGUGGUACGACAUAAGAUGGAUGGUCGAGUUAUGUUAUUGAGCAGCUGAGUGUGGUAUGGUUCCGAGGGCGUGGAAGUGGUCAUCACGUCGUCUUGACAGUGUCUUCGAUGGACGUUGGGAGGCUUGGAUUGGGCCUUUUUGGGCGUUCUUGUCGUAUACCCCUGUGAUGGGCGUUGGUAAUAGUGUAAUUUGGAAGGUCAGCACCUCUUCCUACCUCGAUGAAUUUGCUCGAUGUUU